AUGUCUACCGUGGUCCCCUACUGCCUGCGUUGCACAGCCCUGGAGGAGCGGCUGCCUAGGGCGGCGGCUGCGGCGGGAAGAUUUGACUGCCGGCACUGGAGCCUGGGUGCCUGCUCUGAGCGGCCCCCGCCUCCGCCGGCCCCCGGUUGUGACCCCUUCCCCCUCGGUCAGGCCUCUAGGCGCCUUUCCUCCUCCGCCCAGGGACCCCAGCAAAUCACAUCCGGAAGAGGGGGCGCGCGGGGCGGAGCGCGCCCGGAGGAGGAGGCCGCGCCCCCGCCGCCGCCGCGCUUCGCCUCCUGCAGAACCCGCAGCCUGGCUCUCGCGCCCCGAGCCCCUCCAGGCCCGAGACUCCCACAGGUGAUGGCGGCCGAGGGGGCGGGGGCCUUAGAGAGCGCGGCGCGCCCGGCGGCUGGCCCGGCCCCCGUCGCCUGGUCCGGGGAAGCGGAGGCGCGCUGGCCGCCCGACCCCGCAGCGGGCGCCGGCACAGCGCCUCCUGCCCCCAGCCUGGGGAACGGCACGGUGGGGAACGAGGCCCCAGCAAGCUGUGGCUCAGCGGGCUGGGGGGCUCGGGCGGGAGCCGGCGGGAAGGCCGAGGAAGUGACGACUGGGAAGGGCGCCAUCUUCGAGGAGGAGGCAGCGGAGCGGGUGGAGAAGCAGCCGAUGGGGGAGGAGAAGCUGGAGGGGGGCGCCGAGGCACAGGAGGGCCCAGGCCCCCUCAUCCUGGGAGGCCUCAUUGUGGACCCACUAGAGGCAAUCCAGUGGGAGCUGGAGGCGGUCAGUGCCCAGGCCGACAGGGCCUACCUGCGGCUGGAGCGCCGGUUGCACCUUGCCCAGAGGAGCUUCAUCAUCCAGAACAUUCCGGGCUUCUGGGUCACAGCCUUCCUGAACCACCCGCAGCUGUCAGCCAUGAUCAGCCCUCGAGAUGAAGACAUGCUCUGCUACCUGAUGAAUCUGGAGGUGCGGGAGCUCAGGCACUCCAGGACAGGCUGCAAGUUCAAGUUCCGCUUCUGGAGCAACCCCUACUUCCGGAAUAAGGUGAUCGUGAAGGAGUACGAGUGCAGAGCCUCCGGCCGGGUGGUGUCCGUGGCAACUCGCAUCCGUUGGCACCUGGGCCAGGAGCCCCCCGCCCUGGUGCACAGGAACCGCGACACUGUCCGGACCUUCUUCAGCUGGUUUUCACAGCACAGCCUCCCGGAGGCCGACACGGUCGCCCAGAUUCUCAAAGACGACCUGUGGCCCAACCCCCUGCAGUACUACCUGCUGGGGGAUAGGCCCCACAGAGCCAGGCGGGGCCUGGCAAGGUGGCCUACAGAGUCCCCUCCAAGGCCCUACGGCUUCCAGUCUGGCUAGGUCAGCCGGGAUGUGGCGCUCACGGGAGCCACUCAGGCCGCAGCGGGCGCUGUGCCGCCUGCUGUCUCUCCCGUGCCCUCAGGCUCUCCUGGACGUGCAGUGAACUCAGCCCCGAGAUUCGUGGCCAAUCCCUACUGUUUCCACGUGGGUUUCGUGUUCUGUUGGUGUCACGUGACUGUCACCUCUGCAUGUACACCAGGCACGCAAUGCCGUGCUUGUGUGCUGCCAUCAGCUUCGUGGCCUUGGCCUUUCCACCCACUUUUGAAAUAGGCAGCCACGGGGCAUCCCUAGGGGGACUGCUGCCUCUUGGAGGCCCCGACCUGCUGGGCUUCACAAGGGUGCUACCUGUGCCCACGGUGGCCCUGCCUCCUGGCUCCGGGAGGCAUCACCCAAGAUGAAAUAAGUGUAUUGGGAGCUGGUGCCAGCUGGGCUUGGACAUGCUGUGGCCCCAGGACCACAGGCCAGGCUUCCACCCAGAGCGUCUUCUGCAGGGCGUCAGGCAGCCAGGCUGUUGCGCGUGAAGAAGGUCAAGGGCAUGAAGCAGCGGGCAGCGCUUGCUUUGUGGUCACGUUGCCCUUCCUGCCCCGUGUCCUCCUCCCCAGCCUGCUCUUGGCCCGUGAGUCCCGGCAACGCCUGGCCGUCACCUUCCUGCUGCAUUUUGCCCCAGCCGCCGUCAGCCCUGUCACCUGUCCCUGGGUUAGCAAGGGCCUCCGGAACCGCCUGUGCCCCUGAGCGGACCUGGUCCCAGCACACGGAGAGCCUCUGAUCCCAGGAGCUCCGCCAGGCCGGCCUGUCUGGACGUGUGCUGCAGAUUGGGCGCCCUCCCAGGAGCCCGAGCCCCGGGCCCGCACAGAAUCCAGGCCCUUUGCCGGCCCCUGCUGCCUCUACCUGCUUUUAGGCGGCCAGGUAGCAGGUGCUGGGCAGGAAUGUUUCUAGUCGUGGGCCUGCUCUGUACGGCACGUAUUUUUUUUUUUUUUUUUAAGCGACAGCUCAGAAACAAAAAAAAAAAAAAAACAAGGGAAGAAGCAAGGUUUUUGCAGACAGGUAAGGAGCAGACUUUCCCAUUGAAUUUGCCUCUUCGUGUCUGUCUCCAGAGAGGGAGAGCCUGUGCCAUAGACUGCCGGUGCCCUCUACUUUGCCAAAGCCUGGACAGUGCGUGGCAGCUGAGCAGGAUCCAGGAAGACCCUGGGCAGGAUGGUUAAUCACUUCAUUGAUGCUGUUCUUUUAGAACUCUAACCCCGACUCUGUUCUCCGGCCACCAGGUCCAAACCCCUGGGGGCUCCUGUGGGUGCGGUGCUGGGUUGCCCCUGGCUGCCACCACCCCCACCAGGCUUGCGGGGCUGGCUGGCUGUGUGCCCAGGCGCCUUCCUAAGCCCGGGGAGUGGCAGAGGCUGCGAAGGGAGGAGGGCGCGUGUUUCGGACCCGCUGCUGUGUUCUGUAAGUUGGAAGAGCAGAUAACUGAGCUUCGCAAGCUGUCCCUUUCGGCCAGGCCCCCUUGUCCGUGGGAUGUUGGUGCCAUGCGCUCGGGGUUGCUGCUCAUGAGGCAGACCCUCGCGUCCUCCCCGCUGUUGCAGCGCACUGGCCUGCUUGUUGCUUUCAAUGGAAGACAUUGACGACUGUCACUGUCAUUUUUCUGUGCCGUUUGGACACUCCCAUAACUUGUCACAGUUGCCAUCAAGUUGUGUGGCCUGUUCCCACCACGCUGGACUGCGAAGCGGUGGGAGCCGGGGUGGCUGGGGCCAUGUCGUGGGACGGUGACCUCCACAGGGGGACCCGGGCGUCUGUGCCCUUGUAGCUGGCACCGCUGAGGUGGCCGGCGCAGCUCCUAACCAGCAGCGCGUCUGCGGGGGCUCUGGCCCAUCAGAACAGACUCGGGGGCGCUCCUGUCUUCUAUAUGCAUGAUGGAAAAAUAAAAACCUUUCCG